AUGGAAGAAGAAGCCAUCGCGAACGCAAAUGAUGCGGCGGAUAAUGACCCCGUAGUAUCAUCGAUUUCGGAUGUCACCAAAGAAAACUUUGUCGAUCAGAGCAACGAUUUGAUUCAACGAAUCUCCAACGCCGCUUGGAUUGCUGUGGACGAAGAAAUGACUGGAAUUAGCCUACCGGGAACCCCGAGACCUUCCAAGGCAGACACUCCCGCCGAUCGAUAUUCCACUCUCAAAAAGGUUUCUGAACGAUAUUCCAUUAUUCAAUUGGGACUUUGCCUCUUUGAAGAAGCCGGGAUCACAGAGACACCUGAUGGAGGAGAGCGAAUGAGUUUUCAUGUGCGACGGUACAAGUUCACCUUAUUCCCACCAGCUGACAAUCGCAUGGCUCGCGAAGUCACUUUCAAUCCUUCCAGUAUCCAGUUUUUGGCGCAAAACAAUAUGAGCUUUGAUCACAUGGUAAAGUCUGGAAUACCUUACAUAACCAAACAAGAUGCCGAAGGGUUAAUGGACAAGUAUUACGAAAAGCAAACCGAAGAUGAUUCCGGGGAAAAGAAAACUCCAUCCAGAGGUCGUUCCAAGGUCAAGUUGGUGCACCCAGAAGAUCGAAACCUUCAUGCCCGCAGUAUGGCUGCUCUUCGAGAAUGGUUGGAUGCAGCUAUUCAGAAUCAUGACGAGGCAGAGAAUGCACCACCUGAAGGAAUGUCUAUGCUCCUGCCUCCAUGCAAUUCAUUCCUGCGUCGAGCUCUGUACGAAUCGAUUGAAGCGGAGUAUCCCAACCUGGUUUUGGAAACCCAAAACUCACAAAUUCGAGUCUUGCGGUUGAAUGCGGAGGAACGAACGCGUCGCAAGGCUCGACUACAACGAGAAGGAUGGGAAAAUAUUCUGCAGGAGAAGUUGGGGGUCUAUCGAGUCUUUUUGGCGCUUACCAAAGCGUGCAAUGGAUCCAGUACUUCGUCACAGGCGGAACACAUGAUUCUUGCAUCCUCUGUCGACGAAGCUUUGACAACAUUCAAGCCAGAAGAUCCAGCGGAAGGAACCGCGCGCAAAGUUCCUUUGGUGGUACAUAAUGGUCUACAAGAUCUACUCUUUUUGCUGACCCACUUUCACAAUGCAAACCUGCCCGAAUCGUGGCACGAUUGCAAACAGCUGAUUCAUUCCUAUUUCCCAGUUAUCUAUGAUACCAAAUGCAUGGCAACCGAACACGGGUCCCGAGAAAACAGUCGCACACCAACUCACUUGUCGGCUGUCUACGAGCAAACAUUGAGUAGCCAUCCACAAUGGAAUCGAACCUUCCAGAACGGUGGCGACGAUGACGAGCAACAACAGGCGCACGAUGCUGGCUGGGACGCCUACAUGACGGGUGCUGCUUUUUGUGGACUCUCAUACACCAUUCAUGAUUUUCUGCAGUUCCCACCAGUUCAAUCAUGUCGGUCCCAAUUCAAACUCUGGAAUUGCGAUCCCAAUGAUGAAGCAUUUGCGAACAUGUAUGGCCGCAAUAAGAUACACUUUCACUUAUCGCCAUACACCAUUGAUCUAGAGUCUCCUGGAUCGGAUCCAAUGGUAAAUGGCAUGUCUCGGGAAUCCACGUAUCGUGUGGCAGGCAUUGAUUCGUCCGUCACGACUCGAGAUAUUAUGAGAUGUUUGACGGGGCUCAACGAUUCUGAUGGUGUUCGGGUGAACUAUGAAAUUAUUUGGAUUGAUGAUACAUCUUUCCUGGCGGGCGCAAAAAUUCCGAAUUGCGAAGAUAAGGAACUUCUUUUGAAGCAUGGAAUGAUUAUUGAGAAUGCACUCUCAGCUACAUUCCGAGGUGGUGAGGUCAUUGAAACAGUCAAAGACGACGCUUCUAAUAAGAAGGAGCCUCAAUAUAGUGGCAGUAUUUGGAACUUGUGGGGCAUUUUUGGAAUACAAAAGAAACGAUGUUCUAUUGACAAUGACGAUCCCGCUCCAAAUGCGAAAAGGCGUCGUACAUCAUAA